GGGCACGGGGUCGAGCUCCUGGUCUAUCGGAAGAACAGGGCGCCCAACUUGUGGGACCGGUUCUUGUCAUCGAAGUACGCGAUUAUGGAGUUGGGCGACAUUGGCCUCUUGUCCUGUGGCGUCAAUCUCAGAUCAGAGCUGGUGAACGUGAACCAGCUCACGAAGGCGGACAUCGAGCUGGACCGGCCAGAGGUGCCCGAGAACGCCUCGUACUGCCUGGGCCGCCUAGAGAAGCUGCUGCAGCGCAUCCACGAG